CGAUCCUCUCUGACUCUCCCUCCCCCUCUGCUUUCCUCUCACUCUGCCUCUCAUACAUACGCAGAAGCACAGACUGCAGCAGAGCUCAGGGCCAGCAGGAUUUCCUUCCUCCUCAUUUUGGAAGCGCUGGGAGACUGGAAACACAGCUACCUGCUGCAGAGGCCGUUUCUGGAGGAUCCACUGAGGUGGAUCAGACCUGCAAGCUGCUGACUCUAGGUUUAUCUGGUUCUCAGAGGCAGUUGCCAGGACUCCCAGAAGCACCCAUCUCUCCUGCGGGACUUCCCCACUUCCCUCCCUGUCUGUCACUCCUCACUUAUGAUUAGGAUGCUCGGCUGUGCGCCCCUGUGCUGAGGAGGCGUCGGCGGGUAGCAGCAUGGGCGCUGUGCUGGCCGGCAUCCCCACCACCCCCUCCACCACCAAUCUGCCACCACCACGCUGCCCACCGAAGACGGGCGCUCCCCUCAGCCCCGCUGAUGGGCGAAGACACUGACGCCACUCCAACGCUCAACCACCACGGCUUCCUCCCCGACCACAACUAUGUGACUGAAGGGCUGCUCCUGGCUAUAGCCUGAAGAGCUCCGCCCAUCCUGUCCACCCCUCUCCACCCUGGAGUCCUCCCCCAGGAUGUUGAGCCCCAUCCAGGUCCUGUGCUCCGACAUCACUACCCUUUCUCUGGAGCCUGAGCCGUUUGCCUCUUACACUGAAGCUGAUAUCAUCUCCACAGUAGAGUUCAACCACACUGGAGAGCUCCUGGCCACAGGGGACAAAGGGGGCCGUGUGGUCAUCUUUCAGAGGGAACCUGAGAGCCAAACGGAGCCAUUUUCCCAGGGAGAGUACAACGUGUACAGCACCUUUCAGAGCCAUGAGCCCGAAUUCGACUACCUUAAGAGUUUGGAGAUUGAGGAGAAGAUCAAUAAGAUUCGAUGGCUGCCUCAGCAGAACGCUGCACACUUUCUCCUCUCCACCAACGAUAAAACCGUUAAGUUGUGGAAGGUGAGUGAAAGAGACAAACGACCAGAAGGGUACAACCUGAAGGAUGAGGAAGGUCGCAUCAAGGACUUGUCCACAGUCACCUCUCUGCAGGUGCCAGUCUUGAAGCCCGUGGACCUGAUGGUAGAGGUGAGCCCUCGGCGAGUGUUUGCCAAUGCCCACACGUAUCACAUCAAUUCCAUCUCAGUCAACUCUGACUACGAGACCUACAUGUCAGCUGACGACCUGAGGAUCAACCUGUGGCAUCUGGACAUCACCGACCGUAGCUUCAACAUUGUUGAUAUCAAACCAGCCAACAUGGAGGAUCUGACAGAGGUGAUCACAGCAGCUGAGUUUCACCCCCACCACUGUAACCUGUUCGUCUACAGCAGCAGCAAAGGCACCCUGCGCCUCUGUGACAUGAGAGAAGCGGCGCUGUGCGACAAGCACUCCAAAUUGUUUGAGGAGCCGGAGGACCCCAGCGCUCACUCCUUUUUCUCAGAAAUCAUCUCUUCUGUGUCAGACGUGAAGUUCAGCCACAGUGGUCGCUACCUGCUCACUAGAGACUACCUGACAGCCAAAGUCUGGGACCUCAACAUGGAGAGCAAGCCCCUGGAGACAUACCAGGUACAUGAUUACCUCCGCAGCAAGUUGUGUUCACUUUAUGAAAACGACUGCAUCUUUGACAAGUUUGAGUGUGCCUGGAACGGAUCGGACAGUGUGAUCAUGACCGGAGCCUACAACAACUUCUUCCGAAUGUUUGAUCGAAACACCAAACGCGACGUGACCUUGGAGGCCUCGAGGGAGAGCAGCAAACCCAGAGCUGUGCUGAAGCCGCGGAGGGUCUGCGCCGCCGGAGGGAAGCGGCGGAAGGACGACAUCAGUGUGGACAGCCUGGACUUCACCAAGAAGAUCCUGCACACGGCCUGGCACCCCACCGAGAACAUCAUCGCCAUCGCUGCCACCAACAACUUGUACAUCUUCCAGGACAAGCUCAGCUCCGAGAUGCAUUAAUGAACGGACGUCAGAGGUGGAUUCAAACCAGUUUACAAGCAAAUACAGAGCUACAAUAGAAUGUACAUUAUUAGACUCACACAAUGGAUCACACACCCAGGAAGAUGCCUAACACACACACACACACACACACACACCUAAUCCCUCACCUCCUCCUCAGCGUCCCACAUCUGACAGGGAAACAAGGAACUGUCUGGAUUAUGGUUUGGAAACGUGUCCAAACUGGAGCUUUUUAAUGAUUAUCCUGUAGAUCGUGCUCGGUGGUGUUUUGAUUGCUUCAGCUCAGCGUCUGAAGGUCAUCAGAUCUACAGACUGGAGAGAUGUUUACGUUCCUUUGUCCUUUUUGAUUUUAUACCUCUUCUUUCUCUUCUCCUUCCUCUUCUGUAUCUGUGCUCUCAUGCAAAGCCUAUUCUUAUCCCCUUGCCCACCGUUUUGUGUAUAAAAAUAUCUUUGCGCUCGUUUACCAUCAGGACUGAUGAUGAAUGGGGCUUUUACAUAGCUGUCUUUCAUUUCUGAUGAUAUUUUGUUUCUAUAGCUUCUUGUUAAAGGAUGUUGAUGAUGGUGAUUAUGGUGACAACAUGAACUAGUUUGUGUAAUGUACAAGGAUGACCUUACGACCCUCCCCUCAUCCCACCAGACGCCUCCCUGAUUCAGGAGAAACAGCUGAAAGAGGUGAAGCAGAGGGUUUGUAGAGGAAACACCUACCUGCAGUAUGUUAAAGAAACGACGAUUUUCUCUGCUGAAAAAGGUCCAAACUUAUCCGUUUGCGGUUUCUGCUUCUGGUCCAGGGCUGUAACGUGUGCUGCUUCAACUCUGAACACGUUAAACUCAGAUGAAGCAAAAACGUUCGACCACUUUCAACAAUCAAGCAAAAAAAGAAAAAAAGAUGCUGCAUGUCCAACAGAUUUAUUCUGAGUAUUUAUAAAUUGACUGACAGACUGACUUGGCUGCCUUCUUUAACAUUUAGCUGUAGAAAGGCUUCAGGGGCCCCGGGGCUCCGUGCAGCACGAGGAACCAUAGGCGACCGAGCCUUUCUGUGUUUAUUUGUGUCCUCUGACACUGAAGCAUGUUUACCAGUGUUUGGUUUCUACACGUCUACAAACCAGCUUCUGCUCACCGAAAGUGGGAACCAAAUAAGGAGCGUUUCAAAUAAAUGUUGUACUCUGAAAAAGGAGAAAAAGAAAAACAUGACGGGCCUGAGCGGUGUCUGUAUACAUCAGCUCCUUCUGUUUUGUCUGUCGACCGACUUCAGACCCGAUCGUCUGUUGGUGAUUGCCUCCAAAGCUACAGCAGAGCGAUGGCACUUUGUUCUAUUUGGCGUUCCUCACUGACCACGUUCGCAGCUGUGCUUUUAUUUAGUAAAAGACAGCUGUUUCUUCUUUGAUUGGUCUUUUUUUUAAACAUCUUUCAAACUCCACCUCAUUGAAUAAUGUUGAUUCACAUAUUUUUGUCUAAAUAUAUGUUGACAUGAUUGUCAGACAGUUAUAAAUGAUGUUAAUAUGCUUUUUUUCUGAAUAAACAAUCCAACAAAAUUGCA